AUGACGAUGAACCCCUAUCUGAGCUGGGCCCUCCUGCUGGUGGUAGCAGGUGGUCUCGGCUGGUACUACACCAAUGGCUCGACCCCGAAGGCCAAGACCGCCAUUCGGUCCGCAGUAGAGAAGCCGGAGGUCGUGGCAGCGCCCAAGAAGCAAAAGCGCAAGACAAAAGCCUCCGAACCCGCUGCGGCCAAGAAGCCCGAGGUGAAGACCGUGGUCUCGCCCCCGACCACCGAGGAUGAGAAGCCGGAUGAGGAUAUUGACCGCAAGGAAAUGGCCCGCCGUCUGGCGUCGAUCAAGAACGGCACCUCUCAGGUCGCCGCUCCUGUUUCCAAGAGCCAGAAGAAGAAGCAGAAGAAGGCUACUCAGCUGGAGAGCGGUUCGCAUGCCUCCUCGACUACCGGCGCGGAGGCGGAUGAUGACCUCUCCCCCGCCCCCUCUCCUCAGGUGAACGCCACUGUUCCCUCGGCUGGGUAUGUGUCCGACAUGCUCGAGGCACCUGCCCCUGGCGCAUCCGUUCUUCGGGUGACCGGCAAUAUGGAGUCGGAACCCAAGAAGCAGAAGGCGCAGAGCUUCAAGCAGGUGGAAACCAAGAAGCAGCGCCAGCAGCGCCUGAAGAACGAGGCGCGCAAAGAGCAGGUCCAGGAAGCGGAAGAGCAGCGCCGGAAGUUGCUUGAGAAGCAGCUGCACACCGCUCGCGAUUCUGAGCGGAAGGAGGCUGCUCGUUCUCAGCCGCCGACCAGCAACGCCUGGCAGGCUAAGGAUGUGACCAAUGUCACCAAUGGCACUUCUCGACCCGCUCCCGCGGCUCCUGUGCAGCUUUUGGACACCUUCGAGCCUACCACCGCCGCUCCGGCCCAGAAGAAGUGGGCCCAGGGUCUCCCCUCGGAGGAGGAGCAGAUGCGCAUGCUCGGAGCCGAGAAUGUCGAGGAUGAAUGGACCACUGUCUCCAGCAAGAAGCCCAAGAAGAAGGGCGGCAAGGCAGACGAGAGCGUCAGUGAGGCGAGCGCCUCCGAGUCCCAGCCUGCUCCUGCGACUCCGAUCCCGAUUGAGCCGCGCGUGACGGUGACCCCGACCUACAUCCCGGACAUCCUCCGGUCUCGCGAGAAAGGCCACCCGCUGGACUCUGACUGGGCUGCCUGA